AUGGAAUUGAUCGGCCAGGUGACAGUAUACUUGCAACAACUUACCAUCGGGAGCGAGGCCGAGCGACAGCCACCUGCAAGGUCUCUGAGAUCCUCAAGAGGUCGAGGAGCGGCGCCCCUUUCAGCUGUGCACGAGGACGUGCCACUCGAAGAUAUCGAUGACGAGCUCGACUCUGACUCGUCGCCGUAUACACCUACUUCCGAAGACGAAGACGAGAGCUAUGCGCCGCCCGUCACGCAGUCUGCUCCUGUGACUCCAUUGAGGCGGUCCCCCCGUCUCUCGACUCCCGCCCACCCGCCCGCCUUAGCUCCGCCGAGCUCUGUCCACCGAACCUCCGCGAGGCGCAACUCACGCUCGAAUGCCCAGCCCGCGCCGUCCCCUCGCACUUCUGCUCGUAAGGCGAGGGCGUCUCUGCCAUCCCCGUCAGGCCAGGCUCCGACGCAUUCUUCUCCUCCCUCUGACAGCGAUGAGAAGUCCCAGCCUCCCCAGCGCUCGUCUGCUCGCAAUGCAAGGCAGUCCCUUCCUAUCCUCCCGAGCCAGGAAGCGGCACCUUUAUGUGCUUCCGUCUCCGAGUCCGAAUCGGAUGGCCAGGACAAGCCCGAGCAGGUUCAGUGCCGUUCCCACACACAAUCAGGUGCACGCUGUUCACGUGAGGUAACUGUGCCGUUGUGGAAGAGAAAGGAUUUAGUGCUUUGCACUCAACACGUCAAGAUACUGUUAUCCCAGGAAUUCUUCCGUUCCCCAAGGACACACAAGCAAGUGGAAUACUCAGAGUUUGUCAAAAAAUACUUGAGCCACAACACCCAAGUCGCUCUGCGCGAUAUACUCGAUCGCGCGCUCUCGCAGGCCGACGAGGAAGGGUAUAUCUACGCCUACCAGGUCAAGCACGACUCGGAGACGCAGGACUCGGAGACGCACGGCUCCGAGACGCACGCCUACGUCAAGGUGGGGCGGACCAAGAACCCAUGGGAGCGCGUCUCUCAAUGGUGCAAGCAAUGCCCCAAUACGGCGCCCCAGCUGCUUGGUUGCUGGCCCUUUCCACCAGGGAAUGAGCGACAGAGCGCGUUGCCCGGGCUCCUGGAGGUCGGGCCACCGAGUCCGUGGUGCCACCGGCUGGAGCAGCUGGUGCAUCUUGAGUUGGAGGACCUGGCGGAAGGGGGGGCAUACCUGAAACCCGGAUGGCCGGAGCUGGGCGCACAGGAGCCCGGAACCAGCCGGUCGAGGACGACGCGCGGGAGGCUGGCCGGAGAGUGCUCGGAUUGUAUGAAGAAGCAUAGAGAAAUAUUCGCAUUCCAGUGUGUCAAGGAAGGUGGGGGGCGGGUGGAUGUAUGGGAGGUGGUGGUGAAGCCGGUGAUUGAGCGGUGGGGAGACUAUGUCAGGCGGCACUAUCAGGAUCCGUAA